AUGUGGUUUCACUUUGCCCUCCGCACGUUCCCCACCGCCAGCUACCUUGCGAAGGGCGACGACGACAUUUUCCUCCGUGUGCCGCUCUAUGUGGCCUUCCUGCGCCUUCUGCCGCGCCGAGGCAUCUACAUGGGAUAUCAUAUUGGCUUUGUCUCAUUUGGGAAGAAGAGACUGCCUGGUGUGACCUUCAUGGUGGGCUGGUGCUACACAUUGUCGAGAGACGUGGCGGAGGCGCUGGUGUCGUACGAGCCGCUGCGGCGCCUGGCAUACCUGCCGUACACCAAGGAGCGGGAGGAGGAGUUUAUAUUUCUCCGGUUUGAGGCCGAGGACUUCAUGGUCGGGUGGGUUCUGCUGCAGGCGGUGAAGAUCCCUUCCCUGAUUCACGUGAAGGUGCUGCCCUGUCAUUUCCAUGACGUCCGCAACGAUACGGGGCACUCGCAGGUGGUGCCGACCUCCAUGUGUGUCCACCAUGUACAGGGGGACGACUACGCUGCGCUCAUGGCCCGCUUCGGCCACAACACGUCGCCCCCCGCCCGUAUACGACGGGCCCCGGGAGAUACGAUAUACCCGCUGUGCGAUUGA